AUGAAAAUGCUGGUGAUGGGUGAUGAAAUGACACAGCAACAUCUAGAUCCCAAUGCUGCUGACAGCGGUACAGGACCUGAAAUACAAAUAGAAAUACAAAACUUGAAUUUUGAUCUACCAAGUCAAUCCCAGGUUCAUGGUGAAACCAGCAACGGGACUACAAUACGCCAGCAGGCUGAUGUAGGUGCAGAAAGUCUAAAUUUUGAAGUGGAUUUAUCACUGCCAUCAGAAAAUGAGACACAAGCAGAACACCUCAAGAUGGGAUCAAGGGUUGCAAUCUUGGCAACUCAGAUUGCCACAGGUGGGGUCAUAGCUGUUUUGGCAGGGUCUGCAACGUUGAAAGUUCGUGAGAUCGCCAUGUCAUCUGGAAGAUCAAUAAUCACUAAAACUCUAAUCUCUCUCUCCUCUUCAAACCGUAACAUCUCAUCUCUACAUUCCCAUUUCCUCAACCCUUCCUUUUCCCUCUCUCUCUCCCUCUCUCCUUCUCAACCCAAACCCAAACCCUCCUCUCCCAACAUCCUCACUGUCCGCAUGUCCAGGGAUGGCACUCUCUCCUCUGUCCGAUUGAUAGUCCAAGGCAAAAAUCUCGAGCUCACAGAAGUAGUGAAACGCCACAUCAAAGAUAAGGUCAGGAAGGCCAUACAGAAGCACAGCCAACUCAUUAGAGAAGUAGACGUCCAGCUGUCCAUCAGCAGCGGUGAGAUUGGGAAAGGCACCAAGCUCCACAGGUGCGAGGUGAUGCUGUUCACGAAGAAGCAUGGAGUGGUGCGUGCAGAGGAAAAUGCAGAGACGCUUUACGGAAGCAUAGAUCUCGUGUCAUCGAUUAUACAGAGGAAAUUGAGGAAGAUAAAGGAGAAGGAUUCUGAUCAUGGACGACACAUGAAGGGGUUUAACCGGUUGAAGGUCCAGGAUGAGAAUCUUGAUUUGGUUCCUCAAGAAGGGGACAGAGACGUCCUCAAGUAG